UUGCAUCUCGACUAAUUCUAUGAUGCCUUAAAAGAUGACAACUAGGAAAAUCCAAAUGGUCAUGAAAAAACUCGAGCUUGCCAUCUAAGUACUUAUAUGGGUCAGCUUAACUUACUAAUUCUAUGGUGCCUUAAGAUGAUUUUGAAUCAGCCAAUUAGUUUUUUUUUUCUUUUUAAAAAUAACAAAUAAAUAUAUAAAAGAAUGAAGUGGUACAACUAAGUUAUCAGUUUCAAUGAAAGAAAUUGAGAGACUCUUAACACCACUUAAUCAUUCUACAUCAAACCAUUCAAUAAUCGCCAAACUCUUUAAUUAGCCUUCCUCGUACCAUUGCGAGUAUGGUUUCUUUCAAGUUAAGAGGGACUGAAAUAAUUAAAGGUUGGUCACUAAUACUAGAGGGUCACAUAACUAAGCCCAUUUAAUAGCAAACAGUGAUCUAUAAACGUCUUCCAGUUAUUUAGAAUUUUCAAAACUCUUUCAACUUUACAAUCUUUCGGAACAAGACUUCAAAUAGAACAAGUACUUCAUUUUAGUUCGACUUAUUUCUUUAUUUAUUACUCCCGGCGGCUUUUGCAAGUUAGAGUACUAUUUUGUUGUGACUAGCAACCAAUCAUAUAUAACAUUUAGGACCAGAUGGCUAAAUUGCCACUUCAAUACUGCAUGUUUACAUGUUUCAUCUCAUCUGAUUCUCUUUCUUCUUGUCUAAAUUUUGCAUCCGCCAUGUUCUGCACAAAAAGUAACAGCUUAAUGGGGUUUCUGCUUCUUUUCUAUUUCUCUUUUACCAUUUGUUUCUCAUCAGGAGCUGACACCUUAUCUGCAGACCAGUCUCUAUCUGGAGACCAAACAAUCAUAUCCAAAGGUGAGAGCUUUGUGGUGGGUUUCUUCAAACCAGGUGACUCUUCCAACUAUUACAUAGGCAUCUGGUAUAAAAAGGUCUCUUCCAACCCUCCUACCGUAGUUUGGGUGGCAAACAGAGAAACGCCCAUAUCUGAUAGAUUCAAGUCUCAGUUAAAAAUCUUAGAUGGUAACUUAGUGCUCUUAAAUGAGUCCAACUUCCAGAUUUGGUCCACAAAUGUUACCACCGCCACCAAUUCGAAUUCUACAAUUGCUGUUAUUCGUGACGAUGGUAACUUGGUGUUGAGAGACAGGUUAAAUUCAGUUGAAGCCGUUUGGCAAAGUUUUGACCACCCAACUGACACUUGGUUGCCUGGUGCUAAACUUGGUUAUGAUCAUAGAACUAAAAAGAGCCAGCUUCUUACUUCAUGGAAACGCAAAGUAAAUCCUGCUGAAGGACUUUUUUCUAUGGAGUUUGAACCGUCACAGAAGCAGUAUAUAUUUAAGUGGAAUCGUUCUAAACAAUACUGGACAAGUGGUUCUUGGAAUGGGAGAGUAUUUAGCCAAAUACCUGAAAUGAGGUUGAAUCACAUUUAUAAUUUCAGCUUCUUUUCGAAUGAGAAUGAGAGUUACUUCACUUAUUCUGUGUAUAAUCCUUCCAUUAUAUCCAGAUUCGUUGUGGAUGUUUCCGGACAAGUUCAGCAACAAACAUGGUUGGAUAAACAGUGGCGUAUGUUUUCGUCUCAACCAUGGUAUGUGUUUUGGCCUCAACCUAAAAUACAAUGUGAGGUCUAUGGUUUUUGUGGGGCUUUUGGUACUUGCAGUCUGACUAGAUUGCCAAUCUGUAGUUGCUUGAGUGGUUUCAAGCCGAGAUCAGAGAGUGACUGGAAUCAGAGUGAAUUCUCUGAGGGAUGUGUGAGAAAAACUGAUUUGCAGUGUGGGAGAAAUGUGGAAAAUCCCGAUUUUUUAAUGAUUACAGUCAAGAGUCUGCCAGAAAAUAAUUUUGUGGCGGUUGGGAGUGCUGGAGAAUGUCGUACCAACUGUCUAAACAACUGCUCCUGUAAUGCUUACUCUUUUGUUGAUGAUAAGUGUUCUGUUUGGGAUGGGGAUCUCUUUAACCUCUCAGAAGACAACACUAAUGGGAAAGAAAUCUACGUCAAGGUUGCUUCUAAAGAUCUUCCACGUCGUAAAAAGAGCAACAGGGUCACUUUGAGUACUGUUAUUGGGUCCGUUGCAGGCGUGUUUUUUGUGUUGGGUCUAAUUUUGCUUAUAAUCUAUAGAAAAAAGAGGAGGUUGGCUGUAAAAAUUUCAAUGGAGGGCUUGCUGGUGGCUUUUAAAUACAAAGAUUUGCAGAUAGCCACCAAAAAUUUCUCUGACAAACUGGGUGGAGGUGGUUUUGGUUCCGUUUUUAAGGGGGUGUUGCGUGAUUCAUCUGUUGUGGCAGUGAAAAAGCUCGAAAGCAUCAGCCAAGGAGAGAAGCAGUUCAGGAGUGAAGUCAGCACAAUCGGGACCACCCAACAUGUUCAUCUUGUAAGCCUUCGUGGGUUCUGUGCAGAAGGUAACAGUAAGCUAUUGGUAUAUGAUUACAUGCCAAAUGGUUCCCUAGAUUCCCAUCUUUUUCAUGAAAAAUCGGUUCUAAACUGGAAAACAAGAUAUCAGAUUGCACUUGGAACGGCAAGAGGGUUGGUUUAUCUUCACGAUGAGUGCAGAGACUGUAUAAUUCACUGUGACAUAAAGCCAGAAAACAUCCUCCUAGAUGAUGAUUUCUGCCCAAAGAUUGCAGAUUUUGGUCUGGCAAAGCUUGUUGGUCGAGACUUCAGUAGAGUUUUGACAACUAUAAGAGGGACAAGGGGGUAUCUAGCACCAGAAUGGCUAUCAGGUGUGGCCAUCACAACCAAAGCUGAUGUCUUUAGCUACGGAAUGUUGCUUUUUGAAUUAGUAAGCGGUAAGCGAAGUACAGAUGGAUCUGUAGAUUCAACGCGUACAUUCUUCCCUUGUUUGGUUGCGAGCAUUCUUAUGGCGGGAGGUGAUAUUCUCAGCCUACUAGACAGUAGGCUAAUCAGAGAAGCCAGCGCUGAAGAAGUGAGUAAAAUUUGCAAAGUUGCAUUUUGGUGCAUCCAAGACGAGGAAGACAGUAGACCUUCGAUGAGUGUGGUGGAACAGAUUCUUGAAGGGGUAUUGGAUGUGAACAUCCCUCCAGUUCCACGAUCCGUCCAAUUAUUUGUUGGUAACACGGAGCCUAUUGUUUUCUUCACCGAGUCAUCCUCACAAGCGAGUGAUUGUUAAAUCACCGAGCCCAAUAGAAAAAGCUUGGGAAAAAGAGGUAUUGAAUCUUUAUUGGAUAUUGCUUUGAAAGGUGGUAAUCAUUUGAGAACCAGUUAUUUAUGAUAACUGUGAGA